AUGAUUCACAAUCACCGUCGCCUUCAGGACGCUCCAAGUUUUGUUUGGGUUUCUCUGAUUUCUGUCGCUCCGCGUCUGCUGUCAAGUUUAUCAGGAAGGCUGGCGGUCAGCCUUCUCGUGUUUCGCUUGGCGUCGGAUGGAAUAAUUCAUGCUAGGACCAAGUAACGGCAAGCCGUCAACUUCUAAUUCUCAAUUCCUUGCUGGACUUGUCGUCUUUCGGCCUUACUUUUUCGAAUCAUUUUUUGUGAGUGUUGCUUAGGAAAAGCUUUCAUGACUGCGAGGCAAAAUUAUUGUUUAGAACUCCUUCGAACUAUUCUAAAACCUAAAGAACUUCAUUUAUGAGCGGGACUCUAGUCUUAAUCUGACUUCCGAGUUUCUAUUAUUCUGUUUUCUCAGUUUAAUCUCCAGAUUUUCCCUCUUUUGGACGCAUUUGAGACUAGCAAACCAAACUUUUAUGAGAUCGCGAAAAUCCCUCCAGUGUCGCUCAUUUGCAAGAUGCUGAUCGGCGAGUUAAUAACACAUCUUCCAGCCGUUCCAGCUGCCGAUGUUGUAAUCCACGGAAAUGACAAAAGAGCCGAGGCGGAAAGAAGACUGACCUCCGCGCGGAGAACAGCUGAUUGUCCCCAUCAUUCUUGA